UCACUAUUGCUCGCUGCUGCUUCGCUGGGUCCAUCGAUUAAUAAUCUGGUUUGUUAAUUCCCCUGGACUUAACUAAUCAACUUGCCUAGCAAUGUACUAAUACAUGCAAAUGUGAUGCAUUUAUGGAUACCUGCAUCAGAGAGGGAGCUAAGCUCUAUGUUUUGUAUAUAGUUGUAAAGCUGCUGUUCUGUUCUUGUCCCUGGUGUGUGGGUAGUUGCUGUUUCAGAGAUGAAGGCAGCUGUGAGGAGCAAGAAGAGCAAGGGCUCUUUCUGCCACCCUCCUCUGCUCCUGCUCAUCGUGGCAAUCCAGUUCUUGGUGAUUUACUCACCAACCCUUGAUCAGUACAUGGUGAUGCUAACCACAGGCAAGCCUGGUUUCCCAUCAAUGUUGAUUGAUGGUAGGAGGAGCUUCAAACAAGUAGAUGAGUUCAUCCCGGAGCCUCACCUGCGAUGCGACUUCAGAGACAAUAGAUCCGACGUGUGCGAGAUGGAGGGCGCCAUCCGCAUCCUCGGCCGCACGUCGGAGGUGUUCCUGGUGGCGCCGAGCCUCGCCUCCAUCUCCGGCGGCGGCGGCGGCGUGAACGCGACGGGCGUGGACGCGAACGCGACGAGGUGGAAGAUCCAGCCGUACACCCGCAAGGGCGAGUCCCGCGUGAUGCCCGGCAUCACGGAGGUGACGGUGCGGCUGGUGACCGCCGACGAGGCGCCGCCGUGCGACGAGUGGCACGACGUCCCGGCGAUCGUGUACUCCAACGGCGGCUACUGCGGCAACUACUACCACGACUUCAACGACAACAUCAUCCCGCUGUUCAUCACGUCGCGCCACCUCGCCGGCGAGGUCCAGCUGCUGGUGACGCAGAAGCAGCGGUGGUGGUUCGGCAAGUACAGGGAGAUCGUGGAGGGCCUGACCAAGUACGAGCCCGUCGACCUCGACGCCGAGCAGCGCGUCCGCUGCUACCGCCGCGCCACCGUCGGGCUCCACAGCCACAAGGACCUCAGCAUCGACCCGCGGCGAGCUCCGAACAACUACUCCAUGGUGGACUUCAAGCGGUUCUUGAUGUGGCGGUACGCGCUGCCGCGGGAGCACGCGAUCCGGAUGGAGGAGGAGGACAAGAGCAAGAAGCCGCGGCUGCUGGUGAUCAACCGGCGCUCCCGCCGCCGGUUCGUGAACCUGGACGAGAUCGUGGCGGCGGCGGAGGGGGUCGGGUUCGAGGUGGCGGCGGCGGAGCUGGACGCCCACAUCCCGGCGGCGGCGUCGGCGGUGAACUCGUACGACGCGAUGGUGGCGGUGCACGGGUCGGGGCUGACCAACCUGGUGUUCCUCCCCAUGAACGCGGUGGUGAUCCAGGUGGUGCCGCUGGGGAGGAUGGAGGGGCUCGCCAUGGACGAGUACGGCGUGCCGCCGCGCGACAUGAACAUGAGGUACCUGCAGUACAACAUCACGGCGGAGGAGAGCACGCUGUCGGAGGUGUACCCGCGGGCGCACCCGGUGUUCCUCGACCCGCUCCCCAUCCACAAGCAGAGCUGGUCGCUCGUCAAGGACAUCUACCUCGGGCAGCAGGACGUCCGCCUCGACGUCCGCCGCUUCCGCCCCGUCCUCCUCAAGGCCCUCCACCUCCUCCGGUGAUCGCCGGCGAUCGAUAUAUAUAUACUCCGGUGAGGCGAUCAUGCAUACAGAACACACGUACACAGGAUUAAUUACAGCAGAAGAUGGAGUUCAUUAAUUAAUUAAUUACAGUGGUAGAUGAUGAUGUAGUUUAAUUAAUUUUGGUGGUUGCGCAAGGCGGCAACGUUUUUGUAUGAUAAUUAAUCGAUCCUGUUUCUUUUUUUUUUCUUUUUUUUCUGUUGCGGAGCCGUGUUGCGACGUGCGUACGUGUGUGUUACGGUAAGUUGGCCUGCUGCAAUUAGCUGGUUCAACAUGACAGAAAUGCAUGUGACACUUCCAUCCUUUCU